AUGUCUUUCAGAGCCGGUCUCCGUUUCUUCAAUGCCUUCCGCCAACAGGCUGCCAACACCGGCAAGCCCAUCAUCCAAAGACGCACCUAUCAGUCCGCGGCCGAGACCAAUGCCACUCCUCCACCAAACCAGUCCCGUCUGCAACAACUCUGGAGCUCGCCCGUCGGCCCCAAGACUGUUCACUUCUGGGCUCCUAUCAUGAAGUGGGGUCUCGUCCUUGCUGGUGCCGCCGACUUUGCUCGUCCCGUUGAAUCGCUUUCCCUCUCUCAGAACGGUGCGCUUAUGGCUACUGGUUUGAUCUGGACCCGUUGGUGCUUCGUCAUCAAGCCCAGAAACCUUUUCCUCGCUUCCGUCAACUUCCUCCUCUUCUGCGUCGGCGCAACACAGGUCUCGCGUAUCCUCCUCUGGCAACAAGCCCAGAAGGGUGACUCUAUUCCCGCUGAGCUUGAGAAGGCUGGCAAGCAGGAGGGCAAGGAACUCGAGGCUAUCGUCAAGGACCCCAAGGGUGCUUUCGAGAAGGCCAAGAAGGUGUAA